AUGCAACAUUCAGUCGCAGAAACCUAUACAUUGAGAGCUCACAAUGCGUCAGUGACCUCUCUUAGCGUAACCUAUGAUGGCACAAUUCCUAUUCUAGCAUCUGGUGAUAGUAAUGGCAGGAUUUACGCUUGGAAUUUGAUAACCAGAAGACCGUUUGCCAAAUACGAACUUCCGUCGCAAGCCAGCAUUGAAUACUUAGAGUAUAUCGAUGGAUUUCUUUUUGCACUUUGCAAAGAUAGUUCAUUGCAAAUUCUAUCAUUGGAGGCAUUAGAUGAGAGAUUUUACGCUCCAACGCUCCUCACAGGCCAGCGGACCCGAACUAUGGCGGAAUUUUCCAACGUCUAUGAAAUUCCGGUUAAUACUCUCAAUUUUGCUAAUGUAGCCAUUCAACCCUUGAGCAAAGAAAGGUAUCGUUUAUGGUGUUGCAAUACUAUGGACUCGCAGCUCAUUGAUAUUUAUUCUUUUGAUAUUAGAGAUCCUCGGUCGCUCACAAGAGAGUUUCGCGGUUUAAACUUGUAUCCCAUGGUGAAGAGAUUUAAAGAGACUAGAACUGGUAUGAAUUUUGAUAGACUAGGUAUAGUGAUGAAAUUUGCGGCUUGUGAGAAUGGUGUCAUUUAUGUUGGCUACGAAAGUGGCUUUGUAAUUGGUUUGGAAUUUGAGCAGACUAAAAAUCCGGUGGUGGGCCAAAAACUCUUCAGACUUAAUGUCUCGUAUGUCUCAUCUGCUCACUGUCCAGAUCCUGUUCUGUCGAUUUGCGCGGAUCCAACGACAGGAAAUGUGUUGAGUUCGUCAACUCACAACAAAAUUUAUGUCCAUUCGACAUUAGAGAACCACCAUUACGGAUCCUAUACUAGUACAGUGAGUCCGGAGACAAAUGUGUCAACUGAAUAUGGCUAUUGUACAAGCAUUAACUUUGAGGCAAAGGUUAUAGAGCUCCCUGUUAAACAAAUUAGCGAUAUCGAAAGUCGGGGCAGCAUCUUGGCAUUAAAUAGCUGGAAGGGACAAUCGCUAAUCUUUGAGAACCUUAAUCCGAUUGCAAACUUUUGCAAAAAAAAGUGCGCUGUUGUUGGCAAUGAGAAGAGCAUCGGCAACGCUGACAGCGAAGCAGAAGCCAAGAAUUUUAUUAAGCCAAAUGCGUUGGCUUGUCUAUGGCUGAAUUUAAUGAAUUAUGACUUGAGCAAUGCUACGUUCAACAGAAAGAGAUUCUUGAAUAUUCUUUUGAAUAAUUGGUGUUUCAUAGCCUAUGAGGAUGGGAGUAUUCUUAUGCAUAAGGUUACGCCGCUCACCAAUCGUAGCGAGCGCAAAAUACCAUAA